AUGGCCGAUAUUAUGCAUUUCAACGAUUCAUCUUCAGCUGGGGUUGCCAACCGAUUCGCCCGCAAAGGUGCCCUAAGGCAGAAAAACGUCCACGAAGUAAAGAACCACAAAUUUACAGCCCGUUUUUUCAAGCAGCCGACAUUCUGUAGUCACUGCACAGACUUCAUCUGGGGCUUCGGAAAGCAGGGAUUCCAGUGCCAAGUUUGCUGUUUCGUGGUACACAAAAGAUGCCAUGAGUUUGUCUCCUUCUCCUGUCCCGGGGCAGACAGGGGGCCAGACACAGAUGACCCCAGAAGCAAGCACAAGUUUAAGAUCCACACGUACGGCAGCCCCACCUUCUGCGACCACUGCGGCUCGCUGCUGUACGGCCUCAUCCACCAGGGCAUGAAGUGUGACACCUGCGACAUGAACGUCCACAAGCAGUGUGUGAUGAACGUGCCCAGCCUGUGCGGCACGGACCACACCGAGCGCCGCGGCCGGCUCUUCCUCAAGAUCGACGUCUCCGGGGACAAGCUGCACGUCACAGUGGGCGAGGCCAGGAAUCUGAUCCCCAUGGACCCCAAUGGGCUGUCUGAUCCCUAUGUGAAGCUUAAGCUCAUCCCUGACCCCAAGAACGAAACCAAGCAGAAGACCCGCACCAUCCGCUCCUCCCUCAACCCCACCUGGAAUGAGUCCUUCACCUUCAAGCUGAAGCCCACGGAUAAGGAGCGUCGGCUGUCGGUGGAGGUGUGGGAUUGGGACCGGACCACCAGGAACGACUUCAUGGGAUCCAUGUCCUUCGGGGUGUCCGAGUUGAUCAAGUCGCCCGUGUGUGGCUGGUAUAAGAUGCUGAACCAGGAGGAGGGCGAGUAUUACAACGUGCCCAUCCCAGAUGAGGACGAUGGAAACCUGGAGCUGAGGCAGAAGUUUGAGAAGGCCAAGCUGGGACCAGGGAAGAAGAUGAUCACCCCAUCAGAGGACCGACGCUACAGCAUGCCCUCCAACCAUCUGGACCGCGUCCGCCUCUCUGACUUCCACUUCCUGGCUCUCCUGGGGAAGGGCAGCUUUGGAAAGGUGAUGCUGGCAGAGAUGAAGUCCACGGAGGAGCUCUACGCCAUCAAGAUCCUGAAGAAGGACGUGGUGAUCCAGGACGACGACGUGGAGUGCACCAUGGUAGAGAAGAGGGUCCUGGCCCAGAGGGACAAGCCCCCGUUCCUCACGCAGCUGCACUCCUGCUUCCAGACCGUGGACCGCCUGUAUUUCGUCAUGGAGUACAUCAACGGGGGAGAUCUCAUGUACCACAUUCAGCAAGUGGGCAAGUUCAAGGAGCCACAGGCAGUGUUCUACGCUGCGGAAAUUGCUGCUGGGCUGUUUUUCCUGCACAAGAAGGGUGUCAUUUACAGGGACCUGAAGCUGGACAACGUCAUGCUGGACUCGGAGGGCCACAUCAAGAUCGCCGACUUCGGCAUGUGCAAGGAGAACAUGUACGAGGGCAUGCUGACCCGCACGUUCUGCGGGACCCCCGAUUACAUCGCCCCCGAGAUUAUUGCGUAUCAGCCAUACGGCCGGUCUGUGGAUUGGUGGGCUUAUGGAGUGCUGCUCUACGAAAUGCUGGCGGGACAGCCUCCUUUCGAUGGUGAGGAUGAGGACGAGCUCUUCCAGUCUAUUAUGGAGCACAACGUGUCCUACCCCAAAUCCAUGUCAAAGGAGGCCGUGUCCAUCUGCAAAGGUCUGAUGACCAAACACCCCUCCAAGCGUCUGGGAUGCGGGCCUGAGGGCGAGCGAGACAUCCGGGACCACGCCUUUUUCCGCCGCAUCGACUGGGAGCGGCUCCAGAACCGCGAGAUCCAGCCACCCUUCAAGCCCAAAGUGUGCGGCCGAGGGGCAGAAAACUUCGACAAGUUCUUCACCCGCACCCAGCCCAUGCUGACGCCCCCCGACCAGCUCGUCAUCGCCAACAUCGACCAGAGCGAGUUCGCCGGCUUCUCCUACAUCAACCCCCAGUUUGUCCACCCCUCCCAGCACAGCGUCGUAUGAGGCGCCGAGCGGCGCGGCAUGACCCGACACGCUGGGAGGAGCGCUCGCCAAACCCGAGAAAAACCGACCCACGAAUCCUGCGUAACAUGAAACACAAAGCUUAGUACGUUCUUCAGAACUUUCAGCACUCUUCUGUAAACAGUCAGCCAAAUUCAGCACAAGUCCAAAGGAAGACCUCCCCUUCUCACCCCUGUGCAAAAUGUGGCAAAAAAAACCUAGCUUCCAAAUGCUCACUUCAAAGUCAGUCCUGCUCGUGUUCCUUAUUUUAUUCGUACAAGGCCGUUGCGCUCGAGCCGUUGGGGAGAGAGACGCUCGAGAUGACAGGUUCUUAUUCAGUCAGUGCUCUCGGUUUACAGAAAAACGACCCUGAGACGUGGACACAGUGCUGAUCAGGACAUCUUCGGCAGCUUUGUCACGCCCUGUGGUAAUCAGAUCCUGAACCGGUCUUCCCAGCAGCUAGUCUGAGAUUGUCAAUCAAAUGCUUAGGUUAUCAGGGAGCCCUCCUUGGAGCCUAGUAAUAAAUAUCUGCCUGAAAUAUCUGGGGUUGUUCAGUAUUGCAAUGGUUGUAUGCGUUGGUGUGGUGUGUGGGGGGGGCUGGGUUUUUUGUGCAGAAUUCCCACGCCUUUCUUUCUUCGUUCCAGCUUCAUUCCCCCUAGAACUGUGUGUACUGAGGGGGGUGGCAUCUUCUUCCCUCUGCCAUUGUGCAGCACUUCAGGGGAAAGAGAUGUCUUCCUCGCUAUAGCUUCUGCAUGAUUGGUCAGUGAAGUAAGCAGGGGAGGGGCAUGACCUUUUACCUUUUAUAUUCAGAUGUGUUACAUGACACCCCCCCCACAUGCGUACACACUCACACACAUGAAUUUGUGCCUGAACGCACAAGCUCACAUUUGCACAUGCCAACAGAAAAACGCCCACGACAAGCACACACACAUACACAAACCAGUGGAAUCUCCUCAGAGCUGCUCUUUAUAAAAUUUGUGUAUGAAAAGAAAUUUAUGGGAUAUUAUUCUUUUAGAUGUGCCAAAUGAAGUGUAAAAAUAUUAUAUGGAAUUUUAUAUCUCAAUUUUCUACAAAAAUCCAGGUCCCCAGGUAAAGUCAUGUCAUGACUACAGGAGUCUUUAAAGAGACAUACAAAUCAUAAUCACUCUUUUCCACAGAAAUAUGGCAUUAUAGAGUUAUAACAGCAAUUUAUUUAGUGUCAGGGAAUGUUCAAAUUUCAGUAUUGCUUUAAAAUAAGUUGUGUGACUUAAAGUCAUGCAGAGACAACAACUUAAUUCUAUGAUUAUUAUAAGAAGGAACAAUUAUUGAAGAAAUAUAUUUACAAUAUAAACUAGUUUCACUCCCUGUUGCUGGGAAGUGAAACAUGUAUUUUGAGGAUGUAUUAUUUUAAUCUAAUUAAUGGAAUGUCCAUCUGUUUGCUUAUGCACCAUGCAAUUCUAUGUUGCAUGCUUAUAUUCCAACUGAAUGCAGUCUAUUCACAUAAAUACAAUACCACUCUAACAUUGUAAAC